AUGGAUACGCCGGAAAAAAAAACUGUUACCCAGAUCGGGACUCCGAUUUCUAAACACAAAGUCCAGAAUUCUCCAGUGUAUAACUACAUAGAGAAUCUGUCUCCAAUCAGACCUGUCAGAUCAAUCCCAAUCGCUCAAACUUUUGGCUCUCUCAACUUCACAUCUCCUCCUUCCGUCUUCACUUCUCCUCACGCCGCUUCUCGUUUCAGAAGUCAUAACAAUAACUCUUCCAAAGAUGAGUCUGCUUCUACCAAAGAAGUUGCUUCCAUUAGAGAAGAAGAAGUAGAAGACGCUUCAAUCGAAAUCCUUGAGAGCAACUGCACUACUGAUACUCCUGGAGUAGUUAUCAACGAUGGUGGUGCAUGUGAAGAUGGUGAAAUGGAUCUGCAGAAGAUGUGUGACAACAAUGUCAAACCCAAAAACGAAACUCCAGACUGGGACACUCUCAUUGCUGAUGCUUCAGAGCUUUUGUUUUUCAGCCCCUUACCGAAUGAUUCAGAGGCUUUUAGAUGCUUCUUGCAGAGAACAUCAGACUCCAAAGCUCGUCUAUCUACUGGCAAAAGGCCUACACUGGAGCCUGUUUCAAACAACAACGAAUCUGAGUCUCCAGAUGCUCUUUCGAUCUUGCACCGUGGAGUGAGAAGACGGUGUCUAGACUUUGAGAUGCCGGGGAGUAAUAAUAAUAAUAACAAGCAAAUGUCAGGAGAGUCUUCGUCGAGAUGUUUAGUAGUACCUAGCAUUGGUCUGCAUCUUAACGCCAUUGCAAUGUCCUCUAAGGACAACAAUGUUGGUAAUGAGUACUCAUUAUCCGGUAAUGUCAAAGUCGGUCUUCAAGGCUCUACAACUCCGGUUCUUGACAUUGUAGCCGAGGAAGAUGUAGCUGCUGCUCAAGCUUUAGAAGAGGAGGGUCCAAAGUCUUUAGCUUUAGAAGAAAUGAAUCAGAGCUGUCCAAAGAAGAAAAGGCGUAAGUCUGAUCAAGCAGGAGGAGAAGGAGAGUCGUCAUGUAAACGAUGCAACUGCAAAAAAUCAAAGUGUUUGAAGCUUUACUGUGAAUGCUUUGCUGCUGGAGUUUAUUGCAUAGAGCCAUGUUCAUGUGUUGAUUGCUUCAACAAACCUAUCCAUGAAGACGUUGUCUUGGCUACACGCAAACAGAUUGAAUCUCGCAACCCGCUUGCGUUUGCUCCUAAAGUCAUCAGAAACUCUGAUUCCAUCAUGGAAGCUGCUGAUGAUUCAAGCAAAACUCCAGCUUCAGCGAGACACAAACGUGGAUGCAACUGCAAGAAAUCAAACUGUCUGAAGAAAUACUGUGAAUGCUACCAGAGUGGAGUUGGUUGUUCCAUAAACUGUAGAUGCGAAGGAUGUAAGAAUGCUUUUGGCAAGAAAGAUGGGUCUUCAUUUGCUGGCAUGGAUAUUGAACAAGACGAGGAAAAUGAAACAGCUAUGCAAAACAGAACAGCUGUUCUACUUCCACCUUCAACACCAAUGCCAUCAAGACAACCAUUGGCUCAACUUCCCAUCACAUCCAACAACAUGCUGCUUCCACAACAGUCUCAUCAUCUUCAUGGAGCUUCCUCGGGGUUAUACAACAAGAGCCAAUUCAGAAAACAAGACAUGCGUAUGUAUUCUCAUUCAAGGAUUGAGACAAUCACAGAGGAGAGAGCAGAGGAUAUUGAGAAUCUAAUCCAAUCUCCUAUAACUAACAUCAAUGCAGUAUCUCCAAACAGUAAAAGGGUUUCUCUGCCUGAUUCAUCAGAGUCAACAACUCCAUGGAGAAGAAAUGGUGGAAGGAAGCUGUUACUGUCAAUUCCAAGUUUUCCUUCUCUCACUCCACACCAUUGA